CCUGUGGUCUCACACAAAUAGGAGUACUCAGUCUCAGACAGUGUGCAGCAUUAGGAGGGAGAAGCAGAAGAAGAGAAGCCCCUACCAACCUAAUCCUUGACUGCUCUCCAGGCACAAACGCUUCCAUUGCCACCUCUCGUUUUCUUCCUCUCUCUCACGGACCCUGUGUUGGUCGGUUUCGUUCUUGGUUUCCUCGAGCCUGUUCCGUCCUGAUUCCUGAACAAGAGGUUGGCAACUGCGAGAGAAGUUGUUGCCGGAGUGUUGGUUCGUCUGUCCGUGGAUUCUUUGGUUGGUGUUCUUCGUCUGGUGGUGGUGGUGGUGGUGGAUCGGCCAUGUUCGUCAGGAAGCUUGUGGAGAAGGCCUCCAAGAAGCAUCGCAUCGGAGGUAUCAGCGGCCUCCGCGCCGAGGACGUGAGCCCGCGGCUGGCGUUCCACUACGGCGUCCCCGCCGACGCCGCGCUCCUCGCCUACGACCCCGCCCUCCACGUCCUCGCCGUCGCCAUCAGGAAUGGGCAGAUCAAGCUGUUCGGCCGCGACAACACGCAGGCGCUGCUCCAAUCCCCGUCCCCCGUCCCCUCCAAGUUCCUGCGGUUUGCCGAGGGGCAAAGGGUUCUCCUGAACGUGAACGCCAAGAACCAGAUCGAGAUUUGGGACAUCGACACAAAGAAGUUGUGUUAUGUGCAUCCGUUCGAGAAGGAAAUCACGGCAUUUUCCGUUCUGCAGAAUAGCUUCUACAUCUAUGUGGGUGAUAGUUUUGGGAAUGUGUCCCUGUUGAAGCUUGACUUGGGUCAGACAUGUCUAGUUGACAUGCCAUAUUGGAUUCCUUUCUCUGAAUCUUAUGGUUCUGGAGCAAAUGUUGGUAAUGAGGUUGAAGUUGCAUUUGUAUCGCCACAGCCUUUGGCUGAAAAUAACAGAGUGCUCAUUAUCUUCAGAGAUGGGAUUAUGUCUUUGUGGGAUAUUAAGACGAGCAAAGUGGUAUCUUUAUCCGGCAAAUCUAUGCAACAACAGUCACAUCAGGAGGCUAAAGCUGUAACAUCGGCAUGCUGGGCUUGUGCCAAGGGAAGCAAAAUUGCUAUUGGAUUUGAUAGUGGUGAUAUAUAUCUUUGGUCUAUUCCUGAUAUUUUAAAUGCACAAAAUCUCUCAUCGAUGGGCAAUCAAAACCUACCUCUUCAGAGGCUUAACCUUGGAUACAAGCUAGACAGGGUGUCUAUAGUCUCUUUGCGAUGGGUCAAUAGUGACGGAAAGGCAGGGCGUUUGUAUGUUAAUGGAUUCAGUGAUCAUGCAUACCUAUUUCAGGUCCUGAUUCUGAACGAAGAGAGCGAAUCACGAAUUGUAAAGAUGGUUUUGCCUCUCACAGAAGCCUGCCAAGGAAUGGAACUUGUUUCAGGGCUUAGUGACCCAAAUAAGCACAAACAAAGUGCUCUUGUUCUCUUGUUGAAAUCUGGUCAAAUUUGCUUAUAUGAUGAUUCAGAGAUUGAGCGCUACCUUCUUCAUGCUCAGUCAAGAUCGCCACUAGCACUUCCAAACUAUUCAUCUGUGAAGCUACCUUAUGGUGAUCCAAGCAUCACCGCUGCAAAGUUUUAUACCAGUAGCCCUACAGCUGCGACUUCUUUGGAUGAGGACUAUUUUUCAUCAUUGGCCACCAAAUACCCAUGGUUCCUUUCAAUGAAAGAUAAACAUCAGACUUCCACAGGUUCUGCCGACAUUCAUAAGACCAGAAAUCUCUAUGUAACUGGACAUCUUGAUGGAACCAUAAGGUUUUGGGAUGCAUCAUGUCCUCUUUUACUGCAGAAUUUAAUGAUAAAGCACCAGAAUGAAGAGAAUAGUCCAAGUGGCACCCCUAUUACAUCAUUACAGUUUGAUAUGUCAUCCAGCAUUCUAAUCUGUGGGGAUAGGAGUGGAACGGUCCGUAUAAUCACAUUCAGAAAGGACUCCAGCGAUAACAUAUUCUCCUUUUUACAUGCGAAGCAAGGGGAGAGCUAUAAUGUCAGAUGUAUAAAGCUUAAAGGCGCUGUAACCUCAAUCUCUUUGAUCUCGAACUCAAAGCGUGUUGCUGUUGGAACAGAAAAAGGGAUUGUAUCAGUUGUCAGCAUUGAAGAUGCAUCGAUCUUGUAUCAAAAACAGCUUGAGUGUCGGGUAUCUGGUGGAAUCGCAUCUUUGCAAUUUGAAAUGUACAGCCAUAAUGGCUACGACAAGGAUCUUUUGCUAGUAGGAAUGGAAGAUUCAACUAUAUAUAUUCUUGAGGAAGAAACUGGAAAACUUUUGAAUACCAACCCAGUUCAGACAAACAAACCCUCCCGAGCCCUAUUGAUGCAGACACUUGAAUUAUCACCAGAUGAUCCAUCGUUGUCAGAUACCCACGAUACAGUAUCGAAAGAAUCACUGUUAUUGCUUUGCACUGAAAAUGCAAUCCGCUUAUUUUCCUUGAGCCAUGCAAUUCAGGGAACAAAGAAUAUAAUCAAUAAGAAGAAACCAAAUGGUAGUUGCUGUUUUGCAUCUCUUAUCCACAGUGUUUCUUCUGAAAUUGGACUUCUACUUGUCUUCUCCAAUGGCAAAAUAGAGAUAAGAUCCCUCCCAGAUUUAUCUAUAUUGAAGGAAGCCUCUUUAAGAGGUUUUUCAUAUACAAGAAACUUGAAUUCUUCUAGCUCCAUAGCAUGUUCAUCUGAUGGAGAAAUCAUCUUGGUUAAUGGAGAGGAGACAUUUUUUUUCUCUACUCUCUGUCAGAAUGACAUCUACAGGCAUGUAGACAGCAUUAAUACAAUAUACAGAAAAGACAACUCGCCCAGGGAAGAAUCUUCUUAUGUAGUGAAGUCCCCCAGAGAAAAGAAAAAGGGCAUAUUCGGAAUGAUUAUGAAAGAUACUAAAGCAAGCAAGGGAAAACAGAGCGAUGCAAAUGGAGAUGAACAAUUUACUGCAACAACUUCCGAAGAGCUGUCUUCAAUAUUUUCAUGUGCUAAUUUUGCUCCAGUAUCUGAGAAGAGGAACAGUUCAAUAAAAGAUGACGAGAACAUUGAACUAGAUAUAGAUGAUAUCAACAUUGAUGAUAACCCGCAAAAGCAGAAAGGACCACACUUCCCAGGUCUAAGCAAACAGAAAAUCAGCAAGGGAUUCCAAAGCCUAAGAGAAAAGUUGAAGCCCAGGACAGAAGAAAAGGUGAAUUCAGGGAAUAGAAAACCUGAAGACGACACAUCAGUCAGUCAAGUUGACCAGAUAAAGAUGAAAUAUGGAUAUGCAACAAAUGAUGACCCCACUAGCCUACCAAAAAUGAUUGGGAACAAGCUGCAAGAGAAUAUAAAAAAGUUGGAGGGCAUUAAUAUUCGCGCUGGAGAUAUGGCCAACGGUGCUCAAUCCUUCUCGGCAAUGGCAAAAGAACUGCUGCGAAACACAAAGAACGAGAAGGCCACAUCGUAGAAAUGGCACAUACAUGUACCUUCCCCUCUCAGUUUUGAGUGUUCCUGUUCAUUCAGUGCAGUUCUUCUACCGCAUGAAAUAAUUCUGUUGUAAAUAAUGAUUGAGAAUCACAGCAAGAAUUUACUGGUGAAUUUCUUUCCCAGAUGCGUUGGUAGCAUGUAUAGUACCACUUGAUAGUCAUCAUAAAUGAACUGUUUUUCUGUUAAGAAAAGAAAAUUAUUGAACUUUUC